UCAGCACGGUGUGCCUCUUCACUCGCCAGUACUAUCUUUGGUAUAUUUUACAUGCGUGUACACUAUAUUGGUGAAAAAAUGGCAGCUGAUGAAUAGAGAAAAGUGUGUGGACCUUAACUCGAUUUAUAUGUAGAAAACUACAGAGGAAGACACAUACCCUGCCUUCACCUUGACCAGAAUCACAGAAGUAUCGCUGUUGUUUAUCAUCACCAUUGGAUCACCAUGAGAAAAACUCCUGUAAAAGAUCAGAAAGAUGGUAAAAGAGAAAAACCAGGAAAGAAUGCCCUGUCAACAACAACAACCCCUGCAACAACGAAAGAUCCUUUCUGCUGGGAAGAAUAUCUUAGAGAAACAUCAGCUAUACCGGCUCCACCAAGCUGUUUUCGUCAGGCCAGAGUGCCACCCUCCAAUGACUUCAAGGUGGGAAUGAAGCUCGAAGCACAUGACCCCCGCAAUUCCACCUCAGUUUGCAUUGCUACUGUGAUGGGUUUAACUGGGGUUCGUCUGCGUCUCCGUCUGGAUGGAAGCGAUAACAGUAAUGACUUCUGGAGACUGGUGGACUCUUCUGAUAUCCAGCCUAUUGGCACCUGUGAGAAGACUGGUGACAUGCUGCAGCCACCACUGGGAUUUCGUAUGAAUGCCUCAUCAUGGCCUAUGUUUCUUUUGAGAACGUUAAAUGGGGCAGAGAUGGCACCAGCAACAGCCUUUAAAAAGGAACCUCCGAUGCCUACUCAGAACCAUUUUAAAGCAGGUAUGAAACUGGAGGCUGUGGACAAAAAGAACCCAUACCUUAUCUGCCCUGCGACCAUUGGAGAAGUAAAAGGCGAUGAGGUCUUUAUUAUGUUUGAUGGGUGGCGAGGUGCCUUUGAUUAUUGGUGCAGAUAUGACUCGCGAGACAUCUUCCCUGUGGGAUGGUGCUGCCUGACAAAGCACAGCCUUCAGCCACCAGGAAACAGUGUUACUCUACCAAAGAACAUGCACACCCUCUCGGUGUCACCCUCCAAGCCUAGCAGGCGUUCCAUGCAGCCCCCCUACAGACUCCCCAACCCUCUGCCCCCCUUGCCUGUCAGGAAGGGAGUCAGGGGCCGCCGGCCCAAGAGUGAGACCAUUGCUUUGCUCAAGGCUGUGGCGGAAGCAGCAGCUGCCCAAAAUGGAACAGGACCCGAAAACCCACAGGUUGUACCUCGGCCCCACAAGAAAAGGGGCCAAAAACCUGGAAGCAAGAGAAAGCCCAAAAUUCUCCAAGGCACAGCACAUCUGACUGGCAUCCAGGUACCACAAGAAAGCCCUGCCAGCCUCAGCUCUGUGGUUUCAACAGUGUGCGUGUACAUGAAUAAACACGGAAACUGUGGCCCACACCUGGACAGGAAGCAGAUACAGCAUCUGCCAGACCACUUUGGCCCGGGGCCAGUGAACGUUGUGCUCCAGCAGGUGGUCCAGUCUUGUAUAGACUGUGCAUACCAACCUCAGGUCCUGCUCAGUGCACUGCAGACACACUCCGGAGGAGGAGAGGCUGUCAAAGUGAGAACAGACAGCGGAAAUUGUUUGGUCAAACUGCCUUCAGCUUCCAGUGCUUCCUUUGUGCUACGGUUCUUGGAGACCAUGUGUCGUCACCUGCAGUGUGACAACCUGUUUAGCAGCCAGCCAUUUAGCCACUACACUGCUUAUGACAGAACCAAGUCAGUGAAAGAAGAGGCGCUCGACACGCCGUCUCUGAGCCGAGUCGGUAAACGGAGUCUCUCCGGGGUAUCCCCCUCAUAUGCUGCUCCACUGUCCCCUAAACAUUUGCGUACUGAUGCCCACCCCUCAGAAGCAGAGACUAUGCCGCACGAAGAGAAUGGCUUAAUAAAAGAGCAGCGCUUCAUGGAUUCAGCAUCCAACUCCAUGACCCCUCGACCUCAAACGAUGCGGAGUUCCUCAGAGUAUCACUCCCAGGGCAGCAGCUUCUACCACAGUGGCAGUGGCACACCCAUGCGACGUCAUUCCUCCCACCCGGCAGAACUCUGCUCCACUCAGCCACUCAGACGAGUUGAAGCUGCCAGCUCUACAACAGGUCCUGAGCCCGCUGACUGGGAGAGCCUACAGUUGCCCAGUAAAAAUCCCUCCUCCUGGUCCAUUGAUGAGGUGAUGCAGUUUGUGAGGAAUGCUGACCCAACAGCAUUGGCUCCACAUGCAGAACUAUUCAGGAAACAUGAGAUUGAUGGAAAGGCGCUGAUGCUGCUGCGGAGCGACAUGAUCAUGAAGUACAUGGGUCUCAAACUAGGGCCUGCACUGAAGUUAUGCCAUCACAUAGAGAGGCUGAAACAAGGCAAACUGUAAAAGGAGACACAAUAGUCCUUUCCCUGCAGAGGUAUGGGCAAUAACACGUGAAAGGGCCGUCGACUGGACACUACCACAUGAUGCCACAAGACAAAUGUGACACGCAGGUGUCAAAUGUUAGCCUUGAUGGACUCCGUUGAUGUCAGAGUGGAUAUGUGUGCCGUGUUUUGCCGACAUGUUACCUCAUCUGUCAACUAAAAGACACCAGUGACUUUAUAUAUCCCAAAGGAAAAUAAUCCCUGUAGUGUUUACAUUGCAUAGCACAUGUGCACGUGGACACAAUUUUUUUAUGGAGAUGAAAUCUUUUGAUCCUGAUUUUGGAUCCCCGAAGAUGGAGAAUGUUUCUUCUGACAGUAUAUAACAUUUUUACUAUUGUAGAAAUUCCAGUUAACAAGGAAGGGUUGGUGUAUUGAAAAUAAUCCUUCAGAUGCUUUUUUUUUUGAUGCUCUUAGGAGAAUGUGGAUGCUGUCUUCUCUGUGAUGUGGUAUAGUCGUCAUGUUUUGUUUUAUUCUCUUAUAUGCCUGAUGUAUGGGUAUACAUAUCUUCCUGCCUGCAGAAUACUUGUCACAGCAUUCUAUUACUUUCAUGCAGUUUAUGACACAACUUAUUUGCUGCACGUUGAUGGCAGACGUGAUAUGAUGUUGUAUAGGUGUGUCUCAAAGAAUUACAAUUUCAUGGAAGAAAUUCAAUAGUUUUUGUCAGAUAUUUCGGAAGGUGAAAUUCUUAUAUAUUCUAGAUUCAUUACAUAUAAACUAAAAUGUUUUAAACAUUUUUUUUGUUGUUGCUUUUAUCUUGAUAAUUACAGCCUACAAUUUUAUUUCAAGUUUGACUAACUCUAUUUAUGCAGUAUAAAUACCAUGAAUUGCUCAGUCUGGUUUAGUACACAUGGCCACAAUCAUGGGGAACACUGCUGACUUGACAGUUGUGCACAAGACACUCAUUGACACCCUCCACAAGGAGGGUAAGCCACAGAGGGUCAUUGCUGAAUGAGUGACAGAGUGCUGGAUCAAAGCAUAUUCAUGGAAAUUGACUGGAAGAGAAACGUGGUUGGAAAAGUUGCACAAGCAACAAGGAUGACAACCAGCCUAAUGAAGAUUGUCAAGCAAACCUGAUUUCAAACUUGGGGGAGCUUCACAAGGAGUGGUCUGAGGCUGGCUUUUACCAAAAAAA